CGUGGACUUGAUACAGCUGUAAGUGGGACAAAUGAAGUUCAUUUUCCACAGCUGGUGAUGGCGGAUGUUGUCGAAAAAGACACCAUGAGGAAUUACCAUAUAGCGUCAGAGAAAAUGAACCCAGAGGCCAGCCGCUAUCCGUACUGUAUUGUGUGGACUCCCAUCCCCGUGUUAUCAUGGCUGUUUCCAUUCAUUGGACACAUGGGGAUCUGCACUUCCACCGGUGUCAUCCGCGACUUCGCCGGACCAUACUUUGUCUCAGAGGACAACAUGGCUUUUGGAAGACCAACAAAGUACUGGAUGCUUGAUGUUAGCAAAGUCUACGCGAGCGGCUCUAAUGCCUGGGACACAGCAGUGCACGAUGCUUCAGAGGAGUACAAGCACAGGAUGCACAACCUCUGCUGUGACAACUGUCACUCACACGUUGCCAUGGCUCUGAAUCUGAUGCGAUAUGAAAACAGCACCUCGUGGAACAUGGUUAACCUUUGCCUCCUCGCUCUGAUCCACGGAAAACAUGUCAGCUGUGCGGGCUUCCUGAAGACCUGGCUGCCUUUCCUGAUGCUGAUGGGCAUCAUCCUUACAGUGGCCCUGGCCCUCAACCUCCGGUGACCUGUGAGGCAGGUUCACGACAAAGUGGAACCCCCGCAGGUCUGAUGUGGGGCUGACCUUUUAAACAUCAAGGGGGCGGGGAGGGGGGCAUCACACGGUGUCGAUAGAAAGCAGCCGAGGAAAUAAAGACUACUCACCUCCGAGAGAAGAUGUCCAACACAUGUACACCAACACAUGUUUGGUCUGUGGAAAGCAGAGGCGACCUGUUACUGGCAUCACUCCAGCGGUGGAGCUGGAAUGCCCUAGUGACGGAAAUUCAUCUAUACUCAGUCAUUUAUUUUGGAGAGACGGGACUGAACAUCCCCCCACCACUACGACUAACAGGACCACACAAACACACUUAAUGGAUUAUGAUUAAAGAAAGCCUAACAGCAGGUUGAAGCCAUCACCACCUGCAAAGUGUAGAAGUUAGGUAGCUUUAUUAAUAGUUGAAUAGAGAUAGGUCAGUGUUGAAUUCUCUGAGGGAAACACAUUCAUGCCUUGCUUUCAGAUUUUGAUGAUCUUACUUUGUAAUGGAUUGGGAGUGUAAUCCCUUGAUUCAGUGCUUCCUGAAUGCCAUUUUUUCUACUGGAGAGCACAAACAUGUUAAAUCAAUUAGAUGCCUUUCUAGGGAAUUUCUCGCAUUUCACGCUUGAUUUAACGUAGCUCUUCUACAGCACUACAACUUAAACCGAAAUACGCCAGAGCAGUUUGUAUUUUUGUGCAUUUUCUUACCGCAUUAGAUCAGUCUAACUCCGUAGGAUAUCAGUAAGUCUGCAUCUUCUAAAAAAAAAAAAGAAAUAUUUUCUCAGAGACGUGUUUGCAUUAUGUAUUUUCAGAUGGAUCACCUCAUGGUACUAAAAAUAGGUUUACAAUAAAUGUUUUCAUACUAUAGAUCAUCAGUGCAACGACUGUAGCAACCUCAACGAACGUGGCUGUGGAAAACACCUGGAGAUACUCAGUAAAGCUCCUUCUGGUUUUCUAUACUUGUGCCAAAUGCGGGAGACCAACAUAAACUGUGUCAUUGAAUAUUUAACUCUUUUAGCGGAACAGCUCAUCGAUUAUUCCAGUACGAUUGAACGAAAAGCCUCAGAGCGAUGAAUCCUUUCUGUUCAACCGAAGAGAGGUUUUGUUUUUCAUUAGUAAUUUUGACUUGAGUCAGUGCCUAAAAAUGAUCUCUUUCUACAGACCCUGUAUGCUUUAGUUUUGACCCGUUUUUUAAAAAAAAAAAAACAUCAAUUCCACUUGAUGGUUGGCACUUGAAAUCAGUUGCCAUGGCUGUCGUGAGUAGAUUCAAAUCCCCUCAUUGUUUGCAAUCAAACAGGGAAAAAAAAAAAAAAAAAAAAAGUGUUGAGCCCUCUCUUUGUCUGCGGUGCUGCCAGAAGCAGCAGGUAGCCAGGAUCCUCAGGUUUUCACGCUCACCACCCCCUGCUGAACAUCCCCAGUCCCCCCCCCCCCUCCUCCAGCGUCCGGCCAGCGUCGCUCCUGCUGUUUUUUUUCCACCUCUGCAGAUCAGAUUGGAAGGUCAUUGUGAAACGUCAGCUCCGUUUCACAAAGCUUUGAUACACACUGGCCAACAUCCUGCAAUAAUCCAAAGUAGAUGUCAUUUAAGUGUGAGCUUUUGAAUUCAAAUCUGUUUUGUUUUGUUUUUUUUUCUGUAGUAAGGGUUCAGGGCUAACACAGUGCUCUCCUCAUCAGGAAAGCAGAUAUUCUGUGGCCUUGUGUGUGUAUGUUUCACCCAUGUUGCCUGUAGAUAUUUGAACACACAUCACACUGUACACCAGGUGCUCUUUAUAUACUUUGCAAACUUGAUCGCUCACUCAACAGUUUAAUCUCCUGAAUAAUUUAGUCUCAUUUUGUUCUUUUUUUAACUCCACUUCUUCAUAUCUCUGCUCUGCAGUGAAGCAGAUUCGUGCCUGAAUGAGUGUAUGAUUGUGUGUGUUAGUCAUGCACACAGCAGUGAUUGGAGAGAGAGAGAGAGCAUAUGAUUGCAUGCCAGCACGUGUGUAUUGCAUGCAUGCGAGACUAUGAAGUUGUCUGAGAGAGAAGUUCAUGUUUGACUCAUACUGUGGCUUCUUGAUUAAUAAUCAGCUGCAUAUCAUGGCAGCUAACUGCCUAGCGAUUCAGUUCUAGGUGUACUAUUCCACAUCUUCCUCUUAAUCUCUGAAGAUUACAAGUUUUAUGUGAUUGCUGGUAAAUCUUAGCAGGAAUAAAUAAUGCAUCAGACUGUAGCAGGCCUGUGUUAGUUGAUUGGAUGCAAUAGCUUGUACCAUAGCUACAGAUUCUGUAGAUUAGAGCUGCAGAGUCAUUUUCUCAAAGGGGACACACACACACACACACACACACACACACACACACACACACACACACACACACACACACACAGAAUCUGGUCUCAAUUUGGAAAGUGAAAACUGUCUUAAAAAGACAUUUUUUUUAAUUUUUGAUUUUUUUUACUGUGACUUCAAGGCUGUUUUUCUGCCUUCGAGGUCCUCGUCACUUGUAACGCGUGUCAAGAGGAAAUCUCCUCUUAUUGUAAAUACAAACUCACACCCCAAAGUCUCAAAUAUUUAUCUUUUAAAUUAUUGGGAUAUUCCGAUUUUUGGACUUUGGAUGCAAGUAGCAUACUGGUAGCCCUAGAUUGAUGUUAGUAAAGGUAGCAUGUGUUUUAAAAAAAAAAAAUAAAAUAAAAUAAAAUCUGGAAAUAUGCUCUUUAUGCCUAAACUGCAGCAACAUUUUUUACAUCUCUGUCCAAAACGUGGAUGUGGAAAAUAGCUGUAAAAACAAACAGAGAAGUGAAAAUAGCCUUGGUUCUCUGAAAUUACGCUAAAUGUUGGAAAGUGGGAGAACAACUCAUACUGUGUCUUUGAAUAUGUAAGUUGUUCUUUAGUGAAUCAGCUCAUUCAUUACACGUCGAGCUAUGAAAGGUAAUGAAUGAAUAGCUCUUUGAGAUCCGUCGGUGAAACUUUGCUUUUGACGUUUAGUUCAACAUUGUCAUCAUCACGGCUUCUGACAUAUAGACAUAUAUGUAACGUUUUAGGAGGAGAGCUAGAGAAAGGGAUGAUAAAUAGUUUGCCGAUCCUUUACCAGAGUGCAUGUGCAAGAAUGCCAUAUUCAGCGGAGAUCAUUUGAAUGGUUGAGACGUUGCCUGCUGCGGUGCCUUGUUGUAUCCAAGAGCCAGGUCCAGGAAUGUGGAGACCUGUGGUCCCAGCAAUUGAGUCCGUUGACAAAAGACAGUUGGGAUGCUAUUAUUAGUGCCACUAUCCAUAUAUACUUAUACCAGUCUGCAAUUUCAAAACCCUCUUUUGUUUCUCUAAUCCUCAAAAUAUCUUUUAUGCUGCAGAUCAUAUAACCCAUGGGGAAUUUUAAGAAUCCUGCAAGUGACUGUGUGAACUAUGAAUGUGUUUAUGACUUACAGCUAUAAUACCAAUAAAGAUGUCUAUUAUUGUAGAAA